CAAGGUUAGGUAACUGACAGCUACCUUAAACAUACACCAUCAAUAUCCUUCCUUUUACAGCAUUUCUCAAACUGGGAUUCCUCCAAACUUGCGCAGCUCGCUCUUCUUUGGCAAAAGAACUAAAUAAACCAGAAAGAAGAAGAACUCUAGCUAGCCGGGUGGGUUUCGUUUUAUUGGUGCUUGUUUUGGUUUCUGAGAGAAAAUGCAGCUUCAUAUAUCGCCGAGUUUGAGGCAUGUAACAGUGCUUCAAGGCAAAGGUGUUAGAGAGUUUAUGAAAGUGAAGGUUGGAUCCAGAAGGGUGUCAUAUCGAAUGCUUUUCUAUUCUCUUUUGUUCUUCACAUUUCUUCUCCGGUUUGUGUUUGUAUUGACCACUGUAGAUACCAUUGAUGGAGACGCCAAAUGCUCUACUAUAGGUUGCCUGGGAAAGAAACUAGGACCAAGGAUCCUUGGAAGAAGGACUGAUUCUAAUAAUGUCCAAGAAGUGAUAUACCAAAUACUAGAAGAACCCAUUAGCAAAGAUGCAUUACAAGAAAGAUCUGAUAUUCCUCAGACAUUAGAAGAAUUCAUGGCCGAAAUUAAGGAAAGCAAAUCAGAUGCAAAGACCUUUGCUGUCAAGCUUAGAGAUAUGGUUACACUUAUGGAACAAAGGACUAGAACAGCCAAAAUCCAAGAAUAUUUAUACCGCCAUGUAGCCUCAAGCAGCAUACCAAAGCAGCUCCAUUGCCUAGCUCUAAGGUUAGCCAAUGAACACUCCACCAAUGCAGCUGCUCGCCUCCAGCUCCCCUCGGCAGAACUUGUCCCAGCCCUCGUCGACAACUCCUACUUUCACUAUGUCCUCGCCUCUGACAAUGUGCUUGCUACAUCUGUCGUUGCAACAUCACUUGUGAAGAACUCGUUACGCCCCCAGAAAAUUGUGCUGCACAUAAUAACAGAUAGGAAAACUUACUAUCCAAUGCAGGCUUGGUUCUCAUUGCACUCAUUGUCGCCGGCUGUAAUUGAGGUUAAGGCAUUGAACCAUUUUGACUGGUUUUCAAAGGGUAAGGUGCCGGUUUUAGAAGCAAUGGAAAAAGAUCAACGGGUGCGGUCACAGUUUAGAGGGGGAUCAUCAGCAAUUGUGGCAAAUAAUACUGAGAAGCCUGUUGUCAUCGCUUCAAAGCUACAAGCACUUAGUCCUAAAUACAACUCUUUGAUGAAUCACAUUCGUAUUCAUCUACCAGAGUUGUUUCCAAGCCUCAACAAGGUAGUGUUCCUUGACGAUGACAUUGUGGUUCAAACUGAUCUUUCUCCUCUCUGGGACAUUGAUAUGAAUGGAAAAGUUAAUGGUGCAGUAGAGACAUGUAGAGGGGAAGAUAAGUUUGUUAUGUCAAAGAAGUUAAAAAGCUAUCUGAAUUUCUCCCAUCCUUUAAUAUCAAGCAAUUUUGACCCUAAUGAAUGUGCAUGGGCUUAUGGCAUGAACAUAUUUGAUCUAGAGGCUUGGAGGAAAACCAACAUAAGCCAGACAUACCAUCACUGGCUAGAAGAGAACCUGAAAUCAGACCUGAGUUUGUGGCAGCUGGGAACAUUACCCCCAGGUUUAAUAGCAUUUCAUGGUCAUGUCCACGUUAUUGAUCCUUUCUGGCACAUGCUGGGGCUGGGUUACCAGGAAAAUACUAGUUUUGCCGAUGCAGAGAGCGCUGGUGUCAUCCAUUUCAAUGGCAGAGCGAAGCCCUGGCUAGACAUAGCCUUCCCUCAACUUCGGCCUUUGUGGUCUAAGUAUAUAAACUUUUCUGAUAAGUUCAUAAAAAGCUGUCAUAUCAGGGCAUAUUAAGUUGAAUUUUGAGAGAAUUUGUUGACCAUAUUAAUGAUGAAAAAUGUAUUUGUAUAUGAGAUAAAAGGGUAAAGAGAUAAAAGGAGAGAAUUCUUCCCUAAUCGAGGCCGCCAAUACAGAAUGUAAAAUCAAAACAGCACCAGGCUUUUUGUUUUCUG